AUGAGUACCUUACAUAAAAAUUGUCUUGCACAGCCUGGACGUAAAAAAGUUCAAAUUUCAUUUGUUAUACGUGAUGAAGAAGAACGUAGACAUAGAGCUGGUGUCAAUUCCUUACAAUUGGAUUCUAAACAAGGAAUAUUAUAUUCAGCCGGUCGAGAUGGCAUAAUACGUCAAUGGGAUGUCAGAGAUAAUGUUGAAGCUACAUAUUUACGGUCUUUAGAACAUCAUACUGAUUGGGUUAAUGAUAUUGUACUAUGUUGCGGUGGAAAUUAUUUGAUUUCUGCUAGUUCAGAUACCACUGUUAAAUUAUGGGGACUUCGGAAAGAAAAUACUUGUUUAUCAACCUUGCGAACACAUAAAGAUUAUGUUCGGGCCUUAGCAUAUGCCCGUGAUAAAGAAGUGGUCGCAUCAGCUGGGUUAGAUAAAACAAUAUUCAUGUGGGAUGUUAAUAUGUUGACUACUUUAACUACUACUAAUAAUACUGUAACAACGGCUUCCCUGCCUGGUAGCAAAAACUCUAUUUACAGUUUGGCAAUGAACAAUAGUGGUACAGUUUUAAUUAGUGGAAGCACAGAAAAAGUCUUACGAGUGUGGGACACAAGGACGAGUGACUGUAUGAUGAAAUUGAUAGGUCACACAGACAACGUAAAAGCUUUGGUUGUAAAUCGUGAUGGUACACAAUGCCUAUCGGGUAGCUCUGAUGGAACUAUUAAACUAUGGUCUCUAGGACAACAACAAUGCAUUCAAACUCUAAGAAUUCACAAAGAAGGAGUUUGGGCAUUAGCAGCAACUGAAAAUUUUUCCCAUGUCGUAUCUGGUGGUCGUGAUAAAAAAAUUUAUAUGACGGAUUUAAAAAAUCCUAAUAGAGUUCAACUUAUAUGCAAUGAGACAGCUCCAGUUGUAAAAAUGGUUACAACACCUGAUAUGAGUGCAAUUUGGGUAGCCACAUCCGAAUCUUCUAUUAAUUGUUGGAAAUUAAGGAAAAGUGAUGAAACAGCUGAUUUUGAAGAUGUCCCGACAGUACCAUAUAAUCAAGAACCAUUUAGGACACUUAAAGGAGCUGCUGCUAUACGAAAAUACCAUGUACUGAAUGAUAAACGAACUAUACUGACACAGGACACAGAAAAGAAUGUUGCAGUUUAUGAUGUUCUUAAGGCUUCUAAACUUCAAGAUUUAGGGGAAGUCGAUUUUGAUGAAGAAAUAAAAAAACGACAUCGUAUAAUAUUUAUACCAAACUGGUUUAGUGUUGAUUUGAAAACAGGGAUGCUAACGAUUCACUUGGGACAAGAUGAAAACGAUUGUUUUGCAGCUUGGGUUUCUGCUAAGGAAGCAGGAAUUAAUGUCACGGAUGAUAACUUAAGAGUAAACUAUGGCAAUCGGAUGUUGCGAUCACUAUUAGAAAAUUGGCUUAAUCGCGUUCAAACAGAUCAUGGGUCUUCUGAUGGAGCCCAGUCUGCUGAAGUCAAUGCUCAGACAAAACUAGAUUCUCAGUGUUGUAGAAUUCCUAAACAUACACCACUUAUGAUAAGUGAAGUUGGUGGGCGGUGUCUAUAUAGGAUGUUAGUUAGCCAGGCUGGAGAUGAAAAUGAUGUUUCAAUUUUAAACGAAACAAUUCCCGCAUGGGUUAUGAAUGUUAUCGUUGAAAAAAGUAUACCUAAAGCUCUCAAGAUAUCAUUUUAUCUUGUGCCACUUUCAAACACGUGCAUUAGGCCUGUAAAAAAUGGGACUCUUCGACCGAGUCGAGAUCGCUUAGUGGCUAAUGACUUUAUUCAAGUCCAGAAAAUAGCUGAGUAUAUCCACGAAAAGUUGUCUGAAAAUGAUGGAAGUGGUCCAUAUAACAAAACCUCAGACUGCAUUAGCAAUCAUCUUCAAGGAAAUACACCUGAGAAAAAUUUUGAACUAAGUUGUAAUGAUCAAAUACUUUCUCCUACAAUGGAUUUAAGGACUUUGAAACAUUUCAUUUGGAAAUCUUCAGCUGAUUUAACAAUAUACUUCAAGGCCAAACAUUAA